UUGUGUUGCUCAGUAGAGAGAGAGAGAGGGGGCGGCGCCUGGGAGCUGGCAGCGCUAUAAUCCCCACUCUCCCUAGCACAGGCCGUUGCUCUCAGAGCUGCGCUCAGUCCGACAGGAGUUUCGCAGCGUUCGGGAUUGUUCGCAUUGGCCGAUCAGGUGCGACUGCGGAGCGCUCAGGCUACAGGCUGUUCCAUCUGGUGCAAGGGGGGAGCAACCUUUGGAAAGUUCAUUGAUCCCCCCCUAUUUAGCGCGGCCGUGCUCUUUGCCAGCUUUGUGCUAACGUUGGAUUGAGAGGGGAGGGGGUGCAGAAGGAGCUCCGGCAGACAGGUGAUGGGCGUUUCAGUGGAUACGUUGGGCUGAUCUGAGCGCUAAACAUGCACAUUCUGCGCCUCAUCCACUGCUGAAGGCGCCCAACCAUCAGCCAGCGAAACCUGGGGGAAAGGGGGUCUAUAGUGGAUACACCUAAAACAAACCUGCGCCUUAUCUGCCGCUUUCCUGGGCUGUUGUUUUGCCCCUAAGGGAUGGUACUGACUCCCCCAGCUACAGGAGCGGGUCUGCGGCUCCUACUGCAAAACGUUGCAUUGUCAUUGAGCAGAAAUCGCAGCAGGACGCAAUGAGGAUCUGGGCUUGGAUUCUGCUGCUAAGCGUCUGCUGCUACCUGUCUCCUUCAUUGGGCGAGGAAGCAGAGAUCCCCCAGGAGCUGAUCGAGAGGCUGGCUCACAGCGAAAUCCGCAGCAUCAGCGACCUGCAGCGUCUCCUGGACAUUGAUUCCGUAGGAGGAGGCGAGGAUGCUUCUGGAGCCAACAUAAGAUCACAAACACGCGACUUUCGCCAUAAUAGGCUUGUGCCAGAGAAGCGUUCUGUUCCCAGUCGCAGAAAAAGAAGUGUUGAAGCAGUUCCUGCUAUCUGUAAAACAAGAACUGUUAUAUACGAGAUACCUCGUAGCAAAAUUGAUUCGACAUCUGCCAAUUUUCUAAUCUGGCCUCCGUGUGUGGAGGUGAAACGAUGUACGGGAUGCUGCAACACCAGCAGUGUCAAGUGCCAGCCAUCAAGGAUACACCACAGGAGUGUCAAGGUGGCAAAAGUAGAAUAUGUAAGAAAGAAACCCAAAUUAAAAGAAGUUCUUGUGCAGUUAGAGGAACAUCUGGAAUGCACGUGUACAGCAAACUCUAAUUCAGAUUAUCGAGAAGAAGAAACCGGCCUUUUCACCAGCCCUGCCCUUGUGUUAACAGGAAGGACUAGGGAAACAGGUAAAAAACGGAAAAGAAAAAAACUAAAGCCAACCUAAUAACCGUCUGGAAAAUAAUUUUGAACGGCAGAUGUGAGGUGAAAAUAAGCUAGACAGGAUCAUCUGGGACUCGGAUGUGUACUCCAUGUUACAUUCCCGAAUCUUCUACGUAUGGUGCUUUAUUGACUGUUUCGUUUUUGUUCUCUUGUGCAGAAAGACAGGAAAAAAAAACUUGUUCAAACGACACUCUGUGAGAACAAAGGAACAAUGUACAUUUCUUUAAUGUGACAUCAAAGCAAGUAUUGCAGCACUCUUACAGAGAAGAGACCGCUUCCCCUGUCAGAAAAACUGCAGCAACAAAACAAGAUGGCGGAUGGCUGAAAGAAGGAUAUCACAUUAAAAAAGUACUGCAAACCAUAGGGAUUGAAUAGAGGCCUGAUGUCCAAGCAACGGUGCUUUAUGUCAAGAGAUGUGCCUGCUUUUGCUGUUUUCAAGAUGGAUGUUUAUUGAUAGAAACAUGGCAAAGAAAAGCCAGGAAUGUAUCAAAUGAAUGUGUCGACGCAGAAGCUACAAAAACAAUGCAUCCUUGCUCAGUGGUGUUUAAAGUCUUCACAAAAACCUGGGAAGCCUUAAGUGGACUUUUUUUUUUAAUUAAACAUAGCGUAACUAUUAAGCUUUGGGGUAAAUAAAGUAUAACAGCACCAUCCUAGCACUAAGCAGCCAUCUGCCUCUAUAGUGGUCGAUGACUGCUAGACAUAGCCUAGUCCUAUUGGGCAGAGGAAGAGCUCUCUAGUGUUGGAUUUGUUUUAGGUGGAUUCACUCUUGCUGGUUAUGCAGGUAUAAAAUAUUCGAUUAAAUAAUAUUUCUGUUAUUUUGUAAUUAUUUGAAAAAUUCCAACUCAACAGUUUCCGGGAAUACAAAAAGCUGUCAAAUGAUAAAGUUGACUAUUAUUGAACAAACUAACAAAUGUUGAUGUGCAAUGUUACAAAAGAGAAAUAAGACCCAGCAUAGCUGUUUGAAUGCUGAUCUGUGAGCACCUAUUGCAAUCAUUUUAGGUUUUGUUGUGUAGAAUGGGAUUAGAAUUACUCUCUAGAGUAGUAAUUCCCAAACUGUGGGGCUGGCCCCCAGUGGGGACAUGGAGUAGUGCCGGGGGGCCUGAAGUAGAGAUUAUUAGGGUGAGAUUUGGGCUCAAGAACAUAUUUGCUGCCUAGAUAUUCAUGGAACUAUGGCUAAAAGAAUGAUCUACCAAGGUUUUACCAAAUCUGUAACCUUGUUAUGAGAUAAUGGUUGGACUUCAAAGGAAAGUUUAAACUGAAAAAGCUACCAAGCACUGUUCUAGAGCAUUAGAAGUUUUUUAGGUGAGAGAUCUAACAGUUCAACAAAAAGUAAAUAUGAUGUUUUCUGUAUUAAAAUGAGCAGACUCCAUUGGUCCAGUAACCUGUAGAAACCAAUCAGAAGUUAGCUUUUACUGGCCUAGCUCAGAUAAAAUGACAAAAGCAAACAUCUGAUGUGGGUUACUCCAAAUAUGGUCUAAACCUGGAGGCAAUCAGAUAAUAAAGAGGGGAAAUCAGAUAAGAAAUAGGGUGCAUAUUAUACUUGCAAGAGUGAAUCUACUUAAAUUGUUCCCUAGCCACCUUCUCCCUUGUUUUAAUGUCCAAUGGCAAAUAUUUGCAAGGAACGUGUAGAGGUCUGCUAUGAAUCUAUAGUAUUAUUUUCUAGCAGGAUGCAAUCUAAUGAACUGUAUUCAAAUAUAGAGAAGCAAAGGUAUAUAUAUAUAGCUGAUAUCACCCCCCCCUACUUUUGUUUCCGUUGUGUCUGCAUAAUUUAAUAAUUUGAAAUAAAAUGUACCUUAAUAAAUCAUGGGAUAUCCGUGAAACAUCACACUUGUGCCAGUUGCCUAAUAGCGCUAAUUUUUCUUUCUUUUUAUUUCUGGCAAGUUAUUAUUUUAUCAUACACAACCAACAUUUUCACAUAGCAAAAAAAACAAAACAAAAAAAAAGCGUGAAAUGGACAUUUUUAUUCUUGUAAGUGCAUUGUACAGUGUCACAGUAGCAAGGGAAAAAGAUAUUUGCUACAUGUGUUUGAACAAAUCCUAAAAUUCUUUAUUUUUGGUAAAAAAAAGUAUGCUUAUGUGUAUUCAACAGAAUUGUGUUUUUUUUUUUUUUGUAAAGUUGAAGUUUGUAUUUUUAUCUAAAAUUAACAUUUUUAUAUAAGUAAGAAAGCCUGCUAUGUUUUCUUGAACCAAAAAAAAAAAAAAUAUAUAUAUACAUACUGUGGUCAUAUUUUUGUAGCACCAUGUCCUAAACAUAACAGAUAUUUUUAGCUAUAUUGUAGCUUUUGCCAAUAAGUGUUUGAGCACAAGGUGUAUGAUAUCCUAUGUCUUACUGCUGUUUUUGAAAAAUUCCUUUGGAAACUGCUCCUCCCAUAUGGCAAAUCUACAACGAAACUUCUCUAUCUCUAUAUAUAUAUUUAUAAAACUAUAUUUCCAAAUGUCACCCUGCCUUUGAACGCCAUUGAGCCUGGCAUGGUUUUAAGUGAAUCUGUAAAGGUUUCACUGAAUGAUACCGUUUUUUCGGCUUCCGCUAAGAUUGCAUCCAGAUUGAUGUGGGAGAUAAACUGUGUCAUAAACAUCAGGUAGUGAAUAACUAUAGUCCUGUCCUAUCUUUAUAUGCUUGCUGGGCAUACUCUGUCCUCAAUCUUGUUGUUGCUCCAUUCAGUCUCAAAGGGUGGAACUUAAUAACAUAGGGACUUUGUAGCUUGGAUCAAGACAUAUCGAUCCAAAUUGGUUAUGAUAUUAGUACAGAGUUGCACUUAUGUUCAAACUUCCCCCUUCUAGGUUGCACGUUAAAAAAAUGACCAGGGACCUUGUAGAACUGAAAAUAAUGAACGGGUAUCAGUACACCUAACAUAUUAACCACUUGAUGCACAUUAUCCUUUGUUUCUAUCUAAAAAGAUUGUUUCUUCCUCCUAAUACUGACACCAAGAUUGUUCAAAUAUCAAAAGGUCCAACUGACUCAUCCCCAGCAAUGAAAUCCAUACAAACUAAAACUCCAUAAUAUCCCAUUCAUUCAGUGGACCGUAUUCUUGUAAAUUUAUGACAACUUUGUAAAGAGGCAAAUUGGUCUAUGGUGAAGUAAGGCCUUAUGGGGGUCAAAGUCAGUUUGGGAAUGUCAACUGCGAGUUGUUACUACAUAAUGUGUCAUUUGCAUUUAGAGACUUUGAUAAAGGAAAACACUUCUAGAAUGGAAACAUGGCAGUGUGAGAUGCAAACAUGAACACACAAACAAAUACACACAAAUAAACUCAUGUUUUAUUAUGCUGGCUGUGUGAGUAACUCAACAGAAAAAUUACACCCUGUUUAUAAACUUUAAUGGUAUUUUUCCUUUAUGUAUAUACUCUAUGGUUAUGUAUAAAGCUUAGCCUAUUCUGUGUGCAGAAUAUUCCUUCUUCGCAAAUUUGCCUUUAUAAAUGAUAAAAAAGGGGUUCAUUCCACGGGCCUCAAUAUCAGACAUUCUUGUUGUCAUUAUAAAAGUCCCAUUCGGAAAGAGAAAUCUGCCGUGGUAGGCAGCGUGGCACCUUAAAUGUUUUGGUGAUAAGCUGCAGAGGAGGGAUAUUUUCUACAGAUAAAUGGGUUUUCGUUGUUAUUUUUGUAUCUGGUUUAUUGUUUAUAAAUAGGGUAUAAUUUCACUUUCAAAACAAACGUGAGCAAAAUAGGGGGUCAGGAUCUGGAUCUGUAGGUUGCUGCUAACUGGACACAUGAAACAAUAUUUCUGCCAUCGCAGAUAAAUAAACAAUUUCAUACUGCAGUAGACCUUAAAACCUAGAAAACUAAUUGUGCUUUUUCUCAGCAGGGUAUAGAAAAUCCUUUUUUCAUUCUCUGACCCCUAACAUCAGGAGGACCAUCUGUGCUCUUAUCAUGGUAUAUAGAGUUGUAUGCACAAACCUAAAUCAUUCACUAUAUGGGUGUUUGCUCAAACCUCUCCAAUGUACAUCUGUUCCCAUAGAGGAAUAUGCUCUUGCAUGGCAUCUCUUCCCUGUAGCAGCUAUGUAUUCUGUAGACAGCGCGUUUUGCAUAGUUCUCCAAGGGAAGAGGGCACUGCCACUGUUUUUAAACUAUUUAUAGUAUGAAAACAUCCCAUAUGCCAUGGCCCAGUUGAGGGGUAUAAGUUUUGUGGAUACAGUUGUGCAUCACAUGAUAAGUAUACGUACAGAUCUCCUGUUAUUGGGGGCCUGACAUCCAGGCCUGGUAACCAAGGCAAUAACAUGUGCAUUAGACAGAGCAAAUGCUUUCAGCAGGUGUUUUAACUAAUGUAUAGUCAUAGACUGAGUCGAAGAACACUACAAAAAAGUAAAAUAUAUAAGGUUGUGUUUAAAAGUUUUUCCUGGUCUGUAACUCAUAGCAGCCAAUUAACCUAUAGAUUUCAUUGGUCUACUGCAAUCAGAAGAGAGACAGCAAAUGGUUGAUUGGUUGCUAUAGGCUACUGGGCUAGGGAAGUGUUUGCCAUAACCCUGGUAGUUUUGUUUUAGAGCCCAUCCCCAGUUUUGAUGAGAUUUAUAUUAUUUUUCAUGUUAUGGGGGAAGAUGAUUAUACAGUGUAAAUUGGUUGAUUUUUAAAAAAAUAUUUUUAUGCUUCCUACUGGAAAAUAGCAUGGCUGAGUUUGCACAUCUUAUGGGUCUAUUGUAGUAGGGAAACUGUCAUGUAUAUACAUGUGGCAAAUUUCACAUGUAAGAUUAUAUAUGUUAAUGUGUCUUUAAAAAAACUGUGCCUGUGUGAGCCAAAAAUGUAGUUUAAUCAUUAAAAGCCAAAAUGCAUUGUUGGCAAAAGAAACCCUAUAGUAAAGAAAUAUAAAACUGACAAACUUUAUAUUUAAAAUCAAAGCACCUCUAGUCAUCGUAUUCUUUAGAGAACAUUCCCAUAAGCCAUUGCCAUUUUAAGUUUCCACAACAGUCUUAAAAAAGAAAACCAACAACAUGGAGACUCACAUAGCUCUUGUAGCUGUAAUUGACUUACAAUCCUUGCAUCCUUUCUGGGGGCUUCUGAGUUGUAGUUUAUAAGCUAGAAGUGUCAGUUUGCUUGUGCCCCUAGUUAACCUGUACGUAGGGGUGAAUACCCUAUGGACCUCUGUAAGUUUUCAUCACAGUUAAAGGGACGCGGACUGGUCGUUCCUGCCUUACGCUGUAAUCAUUUUCUCACAAAGUUGCAUCCAAAGCCCAAACUGGAAAUACAUGUAUUCAGUUGUGUGUGCUCUUCUGCAAUUAAGUGUACAAUUCAUAAUGUUAUGCACAUGAAUGUCUGUGUCUGCGUAAAGAAAAAGAAACCCUGUAUAAAAGUGUAAUUUAUAUAUUUAUGUUUCGAUGGGAUGCCAAUAAUGUUGCUCAGUUUGUUUAUUGCCUAAAAAUAUCUAAUGAAGAUUUGUAUAUCCAUUAAACUGAUGUAGAUGGAAA